CUCUACUCUAUAAUUAAAUCAACAUUACAAUACAGGUCGUCAACUUCACCAACGUAUUAAAGCUCUAGCUCCUAAGAACUCGCCAUCUCGAAAUAACCACCGUAAAUAGACCAAGAUGUCCGACAAAAAGGGCUCGGCGUACGGCACGCCGGCGUCGGACACGUCGUUCCGGCGGAACUACGACUUAGACGAGUACGCGCAAAAAGCUAAGGUACGAGAGUCGGCCGAGCGAGAAGAAGCGAAAGCGCGAUACGAAGCCAAGAUGGCUGGAAAGAAAUACUACAAGCCGAUGACGGGUGACGAAACCCAUACGCACGCGCGUCGCGAGAUCAUCGACCUCGAGGCCAAUGUCGGCAAGACUACAUUAGUACCAGCGGGCGCGGGUCAGGGUAAACGUGGUCGCAGUGCCGGUUUCUACUGUAGUGCUUGCGAUCUCACGUUCAAGGAUAACAUGCAAUGGGUCGAGCACAUCAACAGUAUGCAGCAUCUGCGUAACGUGGGCGAGACGGGCGAGGUCAAGAAGGCCACCGCGGAAGACGUACACAGACGCAUAGCCGAGGUGUGGGAGAGGUUGCAGGAACAGAAGAAGGCGAGUACCACGACAUUGAAAGAGCGUCUAGAGCUGCGCGAAGAGGAGGCUACCAAGGAGAGGGAAGAGAGGCGGAUUAAGAGGCAGGAAGAACUAGCUAAGAAGAAGGCUGAGAAAGAGGCUACCGAAAAGGUCAAGGUCGAAUACGGCGACGAUGUCCGGAUCGAAGGCGAACAUGACGAGGAUGAUAUGAUGGCAGCGAUGGGUAUUACAGGCUUUGGCACGUCGAAAAAAAAGUAGAUGGGCAUAGGAGAACAGAUUGGAUACUCUGAGGCAUGCUGUUGAUACAUGUGAAGCUGGUAUAAGGCGUAUGGAAUUAUUGCGGCAUUAGAAUUGGCGUUUAGGAUGGCUUGGUUAUUGAUCUACCUUGUCGUUCAAGGUAAACUUCUAUGGAUGUAUGUUCACCUAGUACAUGAUACCCAUUUGAGGAACAAAAAUGGAAGAGAGCAUGGAAGAAAAUGUCUUUGAGUAUCAUUAAUUCAUUUCUACUUAGCUACUAGGUACACAUUAUUCACACAUUAUUCCAUAGGGUGUCACAUA